AUGCGCCGCCUCGCGCCGCGGCGGCGCUUCUUCGCGGGCCGCUAUCAAGCUGCAUUAGCGAAGAGGGCCGCGGAAGGCACGCUGCGCAGCACUACCGUAAGAACGGAAACUUUAAUAGACUUCGCGUCGAACGACUACCUCGGCGUCGCGCGCGAUGCCGCCUUCGCCGCGGCCCACUUCGCGGCCGAGGCCAGGAGAGCGGACGCGGCCGCGGGCUCGACGGGCAGCCGCCUGCUCACGGGCGCAUCACGGGAACACGACGCCUUCGAGGCCUUUGCUGCUCAAUUUCACGGGCGAGAGAGCGCGCUGCUCUUCGGGUCGGGCUACGCGGCGAAUAGCGCCGUCGCUGCGACGCUGCCCCUGCCUUCUGAUGCGGUCCUCUUCGACGAGCGGAGCCACAACUCGACGCGGUUCGGGUUGGUGCGGAGCCGCGCCUCUGUACAAAGACCCUUCGGCCACAACGAUUUGGAUGAUCUGCGGGUUAAGCUAAGGGAUCACGAGGGCGCCCUGGUCUUCGUCGAGGGCAUUUACUCGAUGGACGGCGACGAGGCGCCUCUCCAAGAACUCGCGGAGCUUUGUUUGGAGGAUGGUCGGGCGGGUCUUAUCGUAGAUGAAGCGCACUCGACGGGCAUCUUGGGAGAUUGUGGAAGAGGCGCCGUCUCCACGUUGCCUAUACCAUUGAGGCGGGCCGUCGUCGCCCAGGUCCACACGUUCGGGAAGGCGUUGGGCGGCCACGGCGCCGUCGUGGUUUGCGACGCGACGACGAGGGAGUACCUGGCGAACUACGCCCAGCCCUUCGUCUACGCGACGGCGCCGCCCGAUUCGCAUUCCAGAUUGGCGCGGCGGGCGUACGACGCCGUCGCCGCCGCGGACGACGCGCGGCGCCACUUGGCGCGUCUCAUCGACCUCUUCCGGGCCGAGUGCGACGUCGGGUCCUUAUUACUACCGUCGCGCACGCCCAUCCAGGCGGUCCUGGCGCCGGGCGCCGACGUAGUGUCGCGUGCUGCGGACCGCGUGCGCCGCGCGGGCUUUGACGUCGGCGCCAUCCGUGCCCCCACGGUCCCGGCCGGCGCCGAGCGCCUCCGUCUCGUCCUGCACGCGUUCAACACGGAGGAAGAGGUAUUGGGCGUGGCGCGGGCGGUGCGGGAGGCCGUCGACGCUUCUUCUUCCUCGUCGGAGGAGCGGCUUGUGGUGGGGUAAUGUGUUUUUGAUGAUUCGUACUUACUCACGCCGAGCACGUAAAGGAGCCCUCCUUCGUGGAGCCCUUCGACGGCUCGAGGAUCUCGAAGCUGCACUUCGACCAUACCUCCCCUAACUUGACGCGUGGAUCUUCCUUUGAGGUAGUGUGAGAAAACUUGAGGUCCUCGCCGCGCGUGGGCAGCGUGACGCGGCAGUCCAUGCAGGACUUCUCGUCCGCGCCCAGCUCCACCAGCCGACGCAAGAAGCCCAGCGGGUCCUCCCGGAACCUAAAUCUCACGUGGUCGUCGAACACGCCGCCCUCGCGCGACUCGACGUUGAAAAUCGAACCACCUGGCGUCGUGACCUUGAAGUCCGCGUACGUGGCCUUGUUCGAGACCUCGACAUAAGUGAGAUCGACCUCCAGCGAGCCGCCGCAAACAUAUCACUGAGCGAAGAAUGCGACAAGUUCCUCUACGAAACGAAGGGCAAGGAGAAGAAGAUCAAGCUCCUCAAACUCACGAGCGUGUCGUCGAUCGAUCCUAGGAAGCCCAAGGUCCUCAAGUUCGCCACCGAAAGCAAGAGCUACAAGUUCGAGUUCGAGGACGAGAAGGACUGUGCCGUCUUCGCGGCCGGGCUGCGGGCCCUCGCGCCGGCCGAGGCGACGCGUGGCUCCAUCGCUGGGAAGAAAAAGGAUUUCUUACGCGUGAAAGUGCCGACCAAGCCGCUCGGCUUCCUCGCGGCGUCGACGGUCGAGCGCGACCCGGCUCGACCGGAGGCGCACCGCUCCGCCGUCGCCGCCGCCGCGCCGGCGGCGCCGAAGGACAAGGCCGUCUAG